UAGUGGCAGUUUGUUGUCAUCUCCAUCCAAUAGUGAAGCGUUAUAUUGUGUUGGCACGUAGCCACUUAUUUUCUCCCUUUUUUAAUCCGUGCAUUCAUUUUAUUUGUGUGAAUUAUUUGCCAGCGAACUCUAGGCAUAAAAGCAAACCACUUGACAUGACUGAAACCUUUAGGGAAAGCCGUUUAAGAAAUUACUGGGUGCGACGGGUGAAGUUAACUGGCAAAAUAUAACCAUGGUGGUGGCAAGUUGGUGGCGGAUGGCACACAGGACGGGAUAGUUGAAACACAGCACUUUUGGCAGAGGAUGGGUGAGUGCGGAUAGCAUUGAAACUCGUCUCCCGGACCAAGUAGAGGACGUACGGCGUCAGCUUAGAUGUAAAGUUGAAAGUCGAACCGCAGGAGAAAGGGGAGUCUCCGCCCGGAGCGAGAAGAGGAGGACGAGGAGGAGGCAUGACGUCUCGGUCCGUGCUGCUCUCUGACUUGCUAAGGCCACUGUUCUACUUUGCUGCUGUAAGGUAGAGCAGCCCCACUCUGCCUCUGAAGCUGUGACAGACGGACGGAUAGACUGCCCUGAGAAGAGUUCUCCUUUUAAUGGAUGCCAGGGUGGCCCUGCUGCUCUUACGGACAGGUCUUGUCCUGCUGACAGCUGAACUGAAGUGGAUUGAUGCCGCAGAGGUCUACACCAACACUUGGGCUGUCCACAUUAAUGGGGGACCAGGGGAGGCUGACCGCAUCGCCAGGGAACAUGGUUUCAUCAACCACGGAAAUGUUUUUGGAGAUUAUUAUCACUUCAGGCAUCAUGCCGUGGAGAAGAGGGCUUUGUCUGGCCACAAGGGGAUGCACAUCAGACUGCAAAAAGAACCACAGGUCCUGUGGGCGGAGCAGCAAGUGGUGAGAAACAGGAAGAAGCGGGAUGUCUAUGACGACCCCACAGACCCUGAUUUUCCCAAGCAGUGGUAUCUGUCUACCCCAACACAUCAAGAUCUGAAUACAAAAGCGGCUUGGGCUCAAGGCUACACAGGAAGAGGUGUUGUGGUGACCAUACUGGAUGAUGGCAUUGAGAAAGACCAUCCUGACCUCAUCAGCAAUUACGACCCAGAGGCCAGCUACGACGUUAAUGAUGGAGAUACUGACCCCCAGCCAAGAUACACGCAGCGAAAUGAGAACAGACAUGGAACUCGAUGUGCAGGAGAAGUUGCAGCUGCAGCCAACAACGACGUGUGCGGCGUCGGUGUGGCUUACAAUGCUAAAAUUGGAGGAGUUCGUAUGCUGGAUGGGGAGGUGACAGACGUGGUGGAGGCUCACUCUCUCAGCCUCAACCCUCAGCACAUCCACAUAUACAGUGCCAGCUGGGGCCCAGAAGAUGACGGCAAGUCGCUGGACGGCCCUGCCAAGCUGGCGAGGGAGGCUUUCCUCCAGGGAAUCACGAAGGGACGCAGCGGGCUGGGCUCCAUCUUUGUUUGGGCCUCGGGUAAUGGUGGCCGGGAGCAAGACAGCUGCAACUGUGAUGGCUACACCAACAGCAUUUACACCCUGUCCAUCAGCAGCACCACACAGUCCGGCAACGUGCCGUGGUACAGCGAGCCCUGCUCUUCCACCCUCGCUACCACCUUCAGCUCUGGAAACCCGGGGGAGAAGCAGAUAGUGACCACAGACUUGAGGCAAAAAUGCACAGACUCUCACACAGGGACGUCCGCUUCGGCCCCGCUGGCUGCUGGGAUAAUCGCUCUGGCUUUGGAGGCCAACAUGAACCUCACCUGGAGGGACAUGCAGCACCUGGUGGUGAGAACAUCGCAACCCGGACACCUCAGUGCCGGAGACUGGAAAACCAACGGAGUGGGACGCAGAGUGAGUCAUUCGUACGGCUAUGGGCUCCUGGAUGCAGGUGCUAUCGUGGGUUUGGCACAGAACUGGACGACAGUGGGGCCUCAGCACCAGUGUGUCAACACAAUGCUUACAGAACCAAGAGACAUUGGGAACAAGCUGGUGUUCAGCAAGAGCGUGGAUGCCUGCUGGGGACGACCGGAGUAUGUCAGCUCUCUGGAACACGUUCAGGCUCGCCUCACUCUCUCCCACAACCAGAGAGGAAAAUUGGCCAUUCAUCUCAUCAGCCCACUGGGCACACGUUCCACCCUGCUGUUCCCGAGGCCCAAUGACUACUCCUCGGAGGGGUUCAACGACUGGGCUUUUAUGACCACCCACUCGUGGGACGAAGAUCCUCAAGGAGAGUGGACGCUAGAAAUAGAAAACAUGGCAGCUAAUGGACGUGACUAUGGUGUGUUGAGCCAGUUCACCCUCAUCCUGUGGGGCACCGGACCCAGCGUCGUCAACCCGUCAUCACCCGACUUCCCACGGCCGUCCAACAACAGCUGCAAGACGUUUGACGCCCAGCAGAUUUGUAUCGAGUGCAGCCCCGGCUUCUCCCUCUUCCUGCAGGGUUGUGUUAAGUUGUGUCCUCCGGGCUUCACGUCGGGGCAGCAGCUCCUCAACCUCUCCCUGGAGAACUGGGUGGACUUAUCCUCCGUCCAGGCCUGCCUGCCCUGCAACCCCGCCUGCCUCACCUGCUCCGGCACCGGACCCACGGACUGCCUGUCCUGCCCGUCCCACAGCCACCUGGUCCUCACCUCCUGCCUGCACCAGAACCAGGUCCAGCGGAAGUCCCCUCUAUCAGGAGGCCUGCAGUUUGAUGGAGCUCAGCCGGAGGGGGAGAUCCCAGCGGCAGCAGACCACCACAGCGGAGAAACCGAAGAGCCUCCAGGUCUCGGCGUCGCUCCGUCCACUCAGCUGCCUGCCGUCGUAGCCGUUCUCAGCUGUGCCUUCAUCCUGGCUGCCUUCGUCGGGGUGUUCCUCUUGCUGCAGAUACGCUCAGGUGGCGCUGCUUUUGGCUGGAGGACCAAACUGCCCUCUGGGUAUUCAGACACAAGAGGGGUGCGGGUGGGCUUUGGGUUUGGCUUCCGCCAAGGACGGGAGAGGAAGGCACGGAUAUGCUAUAAGGGGAUCCCCACUGUGUGGGCGGACGAGGACAUGAUCGCCUAUGAGUCUGAAUCAGACAGCGAGGAAGUGUACGGUCACAGCGAGAGGACAGCUUUUAUCAAGACGCAGAGCUCCAUCUAGCUGAACCUGCAUCUGAUGUUGUGCUUUCUGACACCACAACAUCCUGGGAGACGUCAGCAUUCAGAUCAGACUGAUAGAUGAAAGAGAACCGCACAGGCUCAGACAAACACAAAACGCAGGCCUUACUGUCCCAUCAGCACGCCAUCCAAACGCAUUCAAGAGUCAAUCGUCCGUUUUUUCAUGUAUUUAUUUGCAUUUGUUAAUUUAUCUGAUCUUAUUGAUUAAUUCUGUCAUGUCAGAUGUAUUUAUUAUGCACUUGAUUCUUUGUCACCGAUUCAAGGUGUUAUGCAACUAUUUUACUUACUUUUACUUUAACAAUCAUAACUUUGAGAAUAUGUUGUCAAGUUCAUGAAGGAAGAAACCCAGAAGAUUAGUACUGCUCUCCUAUAAAGCUGAGAGAUUAUUUAAAAAAAGGAUGGUCACAAUCAAAACAGCAGAGACCAACAUUUUCAUGAGCUUUAGUCCCAAAAAUAGUGAGUCCUACAUUUUCCAAAACGCAACUCAACAGCCAGUGGUGAAUACAAAGGAACUUCAAACUCUAAAAACACUAAAAACUAGCCUGGGUCAGAAUUAACGGUAAUGCUAUCAAAAUCUUUGGGGUUUAUUUUUUCAACCCCAGACAUUCUACAUAUUUUUCCAGUUAACUGAACUUGAUGCGUGAAAUUAAUCGAGUGCCACUUUAAACCAUUAUUUUACCAAAUAUGCGUGUAACUUGUCCCAAAUGUGAACACUUGGCUAUCAGCAGGCAGAGUUCUAAUAAAUUGCUGUUGUUCUGUUCCAUCAGAUUCCCCACAGAUUGCCGGCGAGGGGUUGUGAAGUUGAGUGGCUGUUCAUUAAUAGUAAAAAAAAAUUUAAAUUGAACAUUUCCGCCGUAUUACGCCGUCCCAGUGUGCUGCAGAAGCAUCCUGCAGGCUGUUUGAUAAGCAGGGAGCUGUGGAGGAUGCUCUGUUUUCAAUCUCGCCUCAGUGGGAAUUGCAGCCGCAGCAUAGAUGUAUCAGAUACAUCACUCACAAAAGCUUACCGACUUGUAGUAGAGCAACACUCCUUUUUAAUGACAUUAAAAAAGCACUUAGCCCAAAGCUGCUUGGCUGACCUUUUGCAACAUUGUCCUACUCGGUUGCUGCUGGUGAGAAAUAGGAUCAUUUUCUCUUCAUUUUCUCUACCGAGCGUACUGUAUAUUGAUUUCGGGGCUUCUCUCAGAACAUCUUCAUCAAGGUGGAGCUCCCUCCCUUUCUGUUUGUGAGCACCAUACAUCAAGACCAAUACAUGCUUUAUUUUCCGGUGUGUAAAGGUGUAGAUGUGCUGCUACUUAAAAUCGAAUCAAAGCCUUUAGAUCUAAAGGCCCAGAAUGGUGAUUUCAAAAGAAAAAAAGAGGAGAUCUUGUAUUGCAUUUUCUAUGUUUGUUUUAUAUCCUUUUUUAAUUUAACAGAUAAUGGCUGUUAAUUUUGUGGAGAUCAGUUUCAUGCUGGAAUAAAAAAACACUUUGGCUGUUGCUUA